GUGGCCGAAGCAACGCGUCAAUCGGCUUUACGGUAAACGAUUCAUAGAGCAGAGGGGAGUUCGAAUCCCGGCAGUUUCUUUCGCUUUUAUUUAACUUCUCGUUCUCGCGAUCAUAAUACAAUUUAUACACACACAUAUACACACAUUAACACGUUGGAAUUACUUUCCCGUUAAAGAUGGGCUUGAUGACGAUCCUGAAGAAGAUGAAGCAAAAGGAGAGGGAGGUUCGCCUCCUCAUGCUGGGUCUGGACAAUGCGGGUAAGACCACAAUUCUGAAAAAGUUCAACGGCGAGGACAUUGACACCAUCUCCCCGACUCUGGGCUUCAACAUCAAAACACUGGAGCACCGAGGGUUCAAGUUGAAUAUCUGGGAUGUGGGCGGGCAGAAGUCGCUGCGCUCCUACUGGAGGAACUACUUUGAGAGCACGGACGGCCUCGUGUGGGUGGUGGACAGCGCUGACCGGCGCCGCCUCGAGGACUGUGGGAAGGAGCUCGCCUCGCUGCUGCAGGAGGAGCGACUGACGGGGGCGACGCUGCUCGUGUUUGCCAACAAGCAAGACCUUGCUGGUGCCCUUUCGGCGGACAAUAUCAAAGAGGCGCUGGAUUUGGAGGCCAUAAAGACCCACCACUGGUGCAUCCUGGGCUGCAGUGCAGUAACGGGAGAGAACCUCCUCAUGGGGAUUGACUGGAUCCUAGAUGACAUCUCCAGCCGCAUCUUCACCAAGGAGUAGCCGCAGGCGGCGCUCGCAGAGAUUGGCAUUGACUCUGGCAUGGUGGGCGUGUGGUAUGGUGGCGGGGCCAGGUACGAGUCGAGUGAACCGAGCUCCCCGGGAAAGGUGUCACCUGGAGGCGAGGUCAUAAGCAGUCGCUCUUGCGCUGUGGAAUCGGGAUGCUGAACACGUACUGACAAGUGCACUUUUUUGCCCGAUUUGUAUGUGUAUACGUACAUCCCUUUUUGUUUUCAAUCGCACUACUGGGUGAGAUCCUGCCCACUCUGGAGGCUAUUUGACGAAACUUUCAACCGCGCUGGUCGGUGCGGGUUGGAGAAGACGCGCAGCAUGGGUGUGGGAGAGUACAAAUACAAUACCACAAUUAAUUCUGCUGCACUCCACUCUGCAUUAUCCAGGAUGAACUCUGCUUAGUUUGGGUGGAGUCCAGGUGAUUUGGUCAUAGGCUUUUUGUUUGUUUAUAUACAGUAAAUAUGUGAACCUAAGCUGUUAAUUGCACAAACCACCAAACCUUAGUAAAUUAAUUUAGGAUUUUCAGUGUUUGUAAACUGGAUUUCCGAAUAGUGAAAUUACUGAAAAUGUUUUGCUUUACCUACAUUUUUUGAAAGAACUAAUUUUGUUUUUGCGCUGCUUAAAUAAAAGACGUAAUAAGG